AUGGCAGGCAAAGAGACCGCUGACGUGCGCGGAGCACUAUCAGCUCUUUCCCAGACUGGAUGCGAUGAGAGAAGUGCUAGCGAGUCCGGUGGCAGAGAGGCGACUUGCGCCGAAGCAAGCAGCACCGUUCCCGAGGCAGUGCGCAGAUUGAAAAAAAUGUUAGUUAGGGAAUAUGUUGGCGCAACGGUGGACAUGGGAGAAGGCAUGGUGGAGGAAGGGAUGAAGGAGCCGAGCGUUUCAGAUGUACAAAUACGACUGAUGAUCUUGUCUAGACCAGAGCUUCGGCAGGAGUUCGUCGAUGCCAGUUUCGAUUCAACAGGCGACAUGUGGCGCGUAGAACACAUCUUCACAAAGGCAGCUGAUAGUUUGGAGAACAUCUUAAUUGAAAGUCUCUUCGAUCUGAACGAGAAGCAGAUGAAGGAGUUCUCCAGCGGUCGGCGUACGUAUCGCAUAGUGGCUGUUGCCAGCGCGGGUUGUGGCAAGACGUUCGUCUUUACUAGAGUGGCGCCAUUGAAAUGGGCUCGGAAUGAAAUGUGGACAUCGUUUGACCUGGUGAUAGCGCGGAAGCUACGGAACAGGGAGGUGAGAGAAGCAACUGACAUAUGCGCUCUGCUUGGCGUGGGAGAGCGAGGAGUGUUUAAGGACGAGGAGCGCAAAAGCAUCGAUGAUUUUGUUCGCGAACAAGCUCACCGAGUAUGCCUUGUACUCGAUGGACUUGACGAGAUCCGCCUUGGCGACUGCAGCGGCUUUGUUAAGGAUAUUGUCAAUGGGUCAAACGUGAAGGGACUGCGUCUGGUGGUGACGUCACGGCCGUGUGUAGAACUGCUGAGCCUGAGUGAAAAAAAGCAGUUUGAUCGCCGAGUGGAACUUGUCGGUUUUCGGCAAGAAGAUGUUGAGGAGUACAUUGGCAAGGUGCUGAGGUCAGUAGACGAAGCAUCGAUACUGGUAGAAGCAGUACGGCAGGACCAACACCUUGCUAGUAUGAUGGCCACACCAUUCCUGGCCAUGCAGAUGUGCAAGAUGUUCCACUGCCGUAAUGGCAUGCUGCCAAAAUGCCUCUCGGACAUCUUUGACAUGAUGAUCAUCCAAGUUGCCGAGCGUAAUACCGGUGAGUCGUACAAGAGUUGGAAUGAGAUUUCUCCAGCCGUCCAAGCUUUAAUCCUAGAUCUUGGAAAUUUUGCUUUCAACAUGCUCACUCAACGGCGACUCAUUUUCACCGAUACUGAUUUGCAGAUGCGUGCGAUCACCGGGGAAGCUAAAGCUCUCGGCCUUCUCGUGCUAGCCGACAGUAGCAGUCGCGAUGACAGCAGACUGUGGAUGUUCAGCCAUUUGACAUUACAAGAAUCGCUGGCAGCUCGCUACGUGGCUGUGAAGAAGGCAGCAACACCGGCACGGAUUGUCCGCUUGGUGGAGUUGCUGGGCCCCGAAACCAACCACUUGCGGACUUUCUGGAUGCUGUUGACAGCUCAGUUGGACAAGGAGAAUGCUGAGUGUUUGAUCAACGGUCUUCUGACGCGGAAAAAGUCCAUUGACGGACAAGGAGCGGCUGUGAACGACGAGAACGAGGAAUAG